AUGGCAUCAUCCGAACAAUGGAGGACGUUCUUCUGCCGCUGUUUGGCGCAGCGCAUAGAUGUAGACAAGUUCAAGGACUUGUCGAAGCUGAUGUUCAUGCGCCAUCCACUGAAAGAGGCCGAGCUGCUCGACCUGCUGUGGGAGCAUCGUGCUGCUUCCAACCACCCCUGGGACCCCUUGUUCCCGCUCUACGUCGAUGGCCUCUGCAAGCUGGGGAUCGUCAAGCCCUCCUCGGCUUUGGCCUGUCUCCUGAAGAACUCCUCUAUGCUCGAUAGGCAGGACUCGUCGACGUCGUCAUCGUCGUCACCUGACUCCCAGCGCCCCAAGCGCAAACGCAAGGUUGACACGCUGAUGACCGAUACCAAGGUCGUUCAGAAUGUCAUGCUGUGGGUUUCCACGGGCAAUCUUCCCAGGACCAUCGCUGAGGCGGCUGAAAUCUACUCUGUGGCUGUGGAGUGGAUUGAGGCCGUCGUUGCUUGGCACAAUAGCAGCCUCGAUGGGUCCCAGCAGACUGGUGGCUUGAUGAGCUCCCCGGAUGCAGUGUCGUUGUUUGAGUCGCUUGGGAUUCUCCUCGCCGCGCUCUCUGGGACGAACAAGGGCUUGGAGGUGCUGUCCAGUGACUUCCAUCAAGCGCUGAAAACCAAAUUGGGCCAUGCGCUGUCCACAUACUUGCCCUUCUGCGUCGACGUAUCUUUGCCGCUACGCCAUCGGCUUGAUGCGCUACAGAAAGAGUUCAAUUUGUUUGGGGACCAGUCCUCCAAACUAAUGGACGAUCCCGCCAUCGAGAGCAUGAAUGUGAAUGCCCUUCAAUUUGAGGCGUCUGUCAUGGAUGUCCCUGCUAUCAACACGAGAGCUGGUCUCUAUGUGUAUCUCAACGCCGUGCUAGCAGGUCGUCCUCUGGUCGAUGAUUCUAUUUUGAUCAAUUACCUUACCAACCGAUACCAAGGCCACAAUGAAGUCCUCAUCGAGGAGAUUAUCACCGCUGCCUUCGACGUCCUGUCCAACGGAGUCUACCGAAACGAAUCCAGCCGAACAAUGUUUUUGUUCCGGUCUUUCCUGGUCAACAAACUCCCUGUAUUCUUUGCUGCCAUCUCGGCUGCGUCCAUGGUGCCGAUUUCCAUGGAGAUGUGUAUUAGCCAAGCGCUGAGCCGACUCGACCCCAACGCUUUCCCUUCCUUCUCCCAGAUGUUUUCCAUGCAGGGCAGCAGUGUCCUAUCCGACGCUCGCCAGGAGUUUUUGUUUGCCUGUGCCUCUCACAAGCUCAUCCAAGAGUCGAGCAUUGAGCAGCUUCUGGGAGAGAACCCCAUGCAGACGUUAUCCAGCGGGGGCCCGUAUGUGAAGGACGAGCUCGUGUCGCAAAUAAGCACGCGCGAACGCGGAGAUCAGCUGAUUGGAGAAAUUGAGUCGAUGGAGGGAAAUGCGGGCGCGAUCGUCGGUGCAACCACUGAGGUUAUGCAUCAUCUUUGUCACCAAAAAGAGACGGUGACCCUUAAGAAUGUGUGCAAUUCACUCUCGCGUCGACCGCAGGCACUGGACGUCAUGCUGCUUUUCCGAACCACAAAACAGAUCCUCCAGCCGCUUUGUUCUCUUUUGGAUUCAUGGCGGUGGGACGAGGAACAGGGUGAGAACCAGCCUGUGUACGACGAGUUCGGCAGCAUUUUAUUGCUGGUGCUUGUCUUCAAAUACCGCUACGACCUAAGUCCCUCCGACAUGGGGAUUUCCAGCAAUGACUCGUUCUUGCUGAAGCUGCUGGACCGAGGCUCUUGCAGCCAGAAGCUGAACGAGCUUAGCGAGAAACAAAACAAAGACCUCGGAGAUUGGAUUGCGGCUCUGUUCAUUGCUGAGGGCAUCAGCGAAGAAACUAUGUCUACCUGCAGUCCUCAUGAAUUCUAUAUGCUGGUGGCGACGCUGUUUGACCAGAGUCUCGGAGCAUGCGAGUCCAGCAAACUGGACUUCGAGACUCUCAAAGGGGGAUUUGAAUAUCUGCUUGAACCAUUUCUUUUGCCGUCCCUGGUCGUCGCGUUGACCUGGCUGGGUAAUCACAUCUGGGAAUCGGAGACCGAUCCCACAAUUCCUCUCAAAACCCUCUACUCUCUGGUCAAACCUAGUUCCAUCUCCGGCGAGGCGCAAGCCAUCCACCAGACCGUUCUGAAUAUCACAGGCCGUCCCCUGGAGGAGCAACUAAAAGACGUGCGGACCAGACACCAAGCACGGACCGACAUCAAACCAAUUCUGGAUGCGCUCGAGCCGUACCUCUCAUUCCGACGCGUGGGCAGUUGCCACCGCUCUGAACUGGACAGCUGGACCUCGCAUUCCGGGGGCGGCCUGGUGGGCAGCAUCCGCAAUACACUGCAAUCACUGGUUCUCUGGAGCGCGAACCCCGAAACCAGCAUGGCACCGCACUCAUACACCCACCGACAGCUCCUGGCAGGCAUCCGCAUGCUCGGCGCGACCCGGAUCCUGGAAGCCCUGGUCGACGAGCUGAAGCAGCAGACCGAAGCCGGCAGCGGGCACCUGACACUAGACAUCGCCGCGACGAUGAUCUGCGCGCCCAUGGCGGAGUCCUUCGCCGUCGACCAGAACAGCCACCACCACCCAGUCGAUGCCUCCAAGGAGGAUGCCCCGCCGCGCUGCCCGAUCCUGACCCUGCGCGACGCCCUCGCGCUGCACCACGAGACCAUUCCCAAACUCUCCGAGAAGGACCCGCUGCGCGCUGAAGUUGUCGUGCGCCUCUGGCGCCGCGUCAGCGUGCUGUCUGCGCCGCCGUCCCAGGUCUCCAAUAUUGAUGUCUCGAAUAUCAUCCAGAACAUGCAUCUCGGCGUCGAUUCGCAUGAUCGCAUGGACCUCGAGCCUUCUGCUGCUGCUGCCGUCGGGGAUCAUCUCGUUGGCGACGAUGAUACGGAUAACAUCAACCAGAUGCUCGAUAAGGCAACUGCUGCCGCCGCGGCCGGUAUGGAUGGCGGGGUUGGCGUCGGCCAGGAGAUGGGGCUGGAUGCUGGUGCGGGCAUGGAUGCUAUCGACGAUGUCUUGAAUGCUGCCGAUAUGGCGGUCGGCAAUCCCGAGUUCCUGGAUCUGGACAUGGAGGGCAUGUUCUGA